AUGUGGAGAAAAGUUUUCACCAAGCUUCGACUUCUCACUAACUACGAAGAGUUGGUCCCUGAAACUUGGAGGUCAUAUCAGGCUCGAAUCAAGCAAAAAAAUAAGCAUAAGCUUCGGACUUGCGUACUCCCUACUGUCACGCUCGUCGUUGAACGACAGGAGCGUCAACAAAAAUCAGCUCGAACAGGACAUAUCAACAAAAGGAAAAAGAAGUUGAGCCUAAUAUACGUGCCCACAACAGAUGGUGCCCCCAGGUACCAGACUGGACCGAACGUUAAGGCUAGGGUUGUACGGGGUCAUCUCGAAGCGAACACUCCUGCCAUCAUGACCCUUGAGAAGAAAUGUAACGUACGGAAGGUAUACAAUCUUGGAACAAUCCAUGCUUGUAACGUGGAUUUCUUCAGCGAAAUUCCAAAAGAUGACCAGGGGUUCGUAUCCGGACCGACCACCAAACCAAACGUCAGUUUUUCAAACGCUCUGGGACCAAUGAUCCCCAGAUACUCUCUAUGUGGGAACAUGACCGCUUGUCUCCCAGUCGAGGAUACGGUUGGGGCAUCGAUGAAGAACGUGAAUGUAGAA